CCUCAACACUGGAAAGGAAUUCGAAUGGCCGACCGACUCGCUCCGGUGUGUCCGCAAAAACCGCCGGACGUACAGGAUGAAACCGCGGCUCUUAAAAGAAUGUCUCAACGCCGGGUGGAACAUCUCAAACACCUCACGCCUUUCCUGACAGGAAACUCAGAGCAGCAGAGCGAGGACUGUCUGUACUUGAAUCUUUACACUCCGACAAUCGGGGAUCGGAAAGGAAACAUCGCCACAAAAAAUCGUCUCCCCGUAAUGGUCUUCAUUCACGGAGAGUCCUUCGAAUGGAACUCCGGCAACGCGUACGACGGGAGCGUCCUUGCUUCCUAUGGAGAGGUUAUCGUCGUCACUCUGAAUUACCGUCUCGGAAUUCUAGGCUUCUUGCCGCCCAUGGAGAGUGGAGGUCGAGGCGCGAACAACGGUCUGCUGGACAUAGUCGCAGCUCUCCACUGGGUCCAAGAGAACGUCAUUGAAUUCGGAGGAGAUCCCGGGAACGUGACCGUGUUCGGCCAUGGACGAGGCGCGGCGCUCGCAAAUCUGAUCAUGCUGACCCCGAUGGCACGAGGUCUGAUACAGAGAGCCAUUCUGAUGUCCGGCUCGGCACUAAGCCCAUGGGCGAUGGCCCGAGAUUCCGUUAAGUACACGAAACUUAUCGCCACUGAGCUGAAUUGUCCACUCGAAGACAACCGAGCCCUUAUCGAGUGCCUUAAAAGCCGAUCGGCUGAGGACAUCGUUGCCGUAGGCCUGUCCGCAGGCGAAUAUCUGACAACAUUCGGACCUGUUGUCGAUGGAAUCGCUAUACCCAAAGAACCUUCGUUACUUAUGGAAGAACACGGUCCGAACGCUCUCUUCAAAACAUACGAGCUUCUCGUCGGCAUGGCUGACAACGAGGGCGGACACUAUUUCUCCCAUCUUGAAGAGGUGUACGGUAUCGACGGUGAUCAGAGGAAGAAACACUUCCGAAACCUUGUCCGAAACCUCUACAGCUACCACAGACAAGAAAUUUUCGUGACCGUCUUGAACGAGUACACGGACUGGACGGUUUCGACUGCCCCCAAGCCGAGCAGGAUAGCACGAGAAACCGCUGAAGCUUUGGGGGAUGCUCUCGUGGUCGCGCCGCUUGUCAAAACGGCCAGACUACACGCGAAACUGGGAGGAAAGAGCACGUUCAUGUACGUCUCGGAGCAUCAGCAAGAAUACAACGACCACUCGAACGCUGUCCUCCACGAGAACGAUCUUGUGUACAUUUUCGGGGCGCCGCUGGUGGAAUCACAGCUGGGCCCUUUCGUAGGCAACUAUACUUUAGCUGAUCAAACACUCGCACAAACCUUCAUUGAGUAUUGGACGCAGUUCGUAAAAUCAGGGACUCCAGCGCUCGUAUCUAGUGAACCGACAGAGUUCCCUUCAAAUACUCAAAACAUAGCUCUUGACGAGAGUCAGGAGUCUUUUUGGCCCAAGUACGAGCUUUCGCAUCAGAAGCAUCUCGUUCUGGGCGGCAAACUCGAGGUGGACGAUCAUUACCACGCUCACAGACUCGCCCUGUGGACGAACCUCAUCCCUCUGCUACAUAGGCCUGGAGGUCCGGAGGUAGACACGCUUCACCACCAACUCUCCGACGACGAAACGCAUAGCGUAAUGCAUCCACACCUCCAACACCAGUCUGAGGGCGCUAUACGUCAUCAUCACGAUGCGGUUCACAAUGCAAAAGAUACGACUCCUACAAGAUCUGGAUUCGGAUUCGAUUCGCUACUGGUCCGGCAAGGCAUGCCGUACGCUUCCGCAUUAGGCGUCACGGUGGCCGUCGGCUGUUCGUUGCUCGUCCUGAACGCGUUGAUCUUCGCAGCUGUAUAUUACCAACGGGACAAGACCGUCAAGCUAUUGCAGAAGAACGGAGUACGGUCGAAGGCGAACGACCCUACAAAGCAAGCGGUCGAGUCCGAAGAAGGAGUCCGCAGCUCAUUCCGCAAUAAGUGCCCGGUACAGGAGAACAAGAAAUCGCGAGAAAUCGCGCAAAUGGAAUCGUUGUGCCAUUCUCAUAGCACCACUCUCUGUGGUCACCACCAGACUCAUGAGAUGCACGAGUGUCAUGAACAUCAGCAUUUGCAUCAGCUGACGAUGUCGGAAGUCAUGAACGCCCCCCAGGUAUGA